AUGCGUCAAAAACAUUCUCCAGAGGUGCUUUUUCUGAUGGAGACAAUGCAGUGUAGAAAUGUUUUGGUAGAUUUGCAAGUUUGGCUCGGGUAUGAUCAGUUUGGGGAUGUUUCCUUUUAUGCUUCGUGUGUAUAUGGGCCGUCUAGUGUGUAUAGCAGAGGAGAUUUAUGGGAAAGACUUACCAGGUUGGGUGUAAAUGGGAAAGAUACUUGGUGUGUCUUUGGGGAUUUCAAUGAUAUUCUGCACAAUGGAGAAAAGAUUGGAGGUGUUUGGAGAUCUGAUGACUCUUUUGAUCCUUUUAAUCAAAUGAUAAAGGCAUGUGAUUUGGAGGAGAUUCAGGCGCAUGGAGAUGGUUUCACUUGGGGUGGCAAGAGAUAUGAUUCUUGGGUUCAUUCAAGACUUGAUCGAUGUUUUGGGAAUAAAGCCUGGUUCAGGAAAUUUCCUUGUGCUAAUCAGACUUUCAUGGAUAAAAGAGGGUCUGAUCAUCGGCCAGUGCUCAUUCACCUUAUCGAAUCUCAAGAUUCUUACAGAGGAAGCUUUAAAUAUGAUAAAAGACUUUUGGAGGUUGAUGGGAAGAUAUCCCUUAGUGGAUUGAAGCGCAAUGCAAACAUCAAUUCAAGGGAUAGGAUAGCUCAGGCUCAGAUUGCCUUAGAACGGGAACAAUCUGUGCUUCAACCUUCCACAGCUUCUAUUCAUUAUUUUAAGAGGGAAUUGGUUAAAGCGCAGAGAGAUGAAGAAAUGUUUUGGUGGCAGAGGAGUAAAGAUAAGUGGCUAAAUGGAGGGGACAGAAAUACUUCGUUCUUCCAUAAUUUGGUUAGAUCUUCUAGAGCAAGAAACUUCAUUGUCAAAUUGAUCAAUGCUGAAGGGGUAGAGAUGAAUUUGGAUCUCGUUAAGGAUGUAUCUGCUUUGGAAGUUAAGGAGGCUGUCUUUUCAAUCAAUCCAUCGAAAGCUCCAGGGCCUGAUGGUAUGUCUGCACUUUUCUUCCAGAGGUUUUGGGACAUUAUUGAAGAUCAGUUUGUUAAAGAGGUUCAAUUGUUCUUUAAGCAUGGCAUUCUCCCAAGAGAAUGGAACUAUACCCACCUUUGCUUGAUCCCAAAGAUACCUAAUCCUCAGGCGGUAUCUGAUUUAAGACCAAUAAGUCUUUGUUCGGUGGGGUAUAAGACGAUAUCGAAGAUACUGGUCAGACGACUGCAACCGUGGCUUAAGGAGAUCAUUUCUCCGUCUCAAUCAGCUUUUGUCACGAAGAGACUUAUGACUGAUAACAUUACGAUUGCGCAUGAACUGGUUCACUCUUUGGGGAUUGAUUUUAAUAUAGCUUCAGAGCAGAUGGUUGUAAAGUUAGAUAUGUCAAAAGCUUAUGAUCGUGUGGAGUAG